UUUUUUCAGUGCACCUUGACACUCAGCCAUUUUGUUUUAAAGUCGUGCGAAUUUAUUUUGUAGAGUAAUUUCAUUUUAAUCACAGUUUUUCACCAUAUCAUUUUAUCAGUUGUUGUUGAAUGUAUGCAGCAGGAGUAGCUAACAUGCUGGCAAAGGGUGAUUUCUUCCUCGAGGAACCGGGAAAGGAGGAGAAUUUGACGAGAUUUGGGAAUUUCUGGGACAGCUUCAAUUUAUUCCUGCUGAAGGCACAAGAAGAGGGACAAACAACGGUUGGGUACGAGUUUAUGCUCAAGCAGAUCAAUGAUAUCAGUAAAAGUGCAGACAAACAAGAUCAGAUAUACUUCAUCAAGGAUGUCCGAAAUGCAGUGGAGAAGGUUGAAAAGAUGGAGAAUGGCAAAAUGCAGAGUGAUCUGUUCGAUGGCCUACUGGAGAUUGUUCUUCGGUACAGUGGUAGCCCAAAUGACAAUGUCAGAUCAUUGGCUAUCAGUGUACUAUUGGAAUUGCAGACAUCACCGGUCUUCAAUCAGUGCAACUUUAUUGAAGUUAUCAAGAAAGUCCUGGAUCCGGCCAGUACACCAAAAUGUCAGCAACUUGAGAUAAUGUACACGUUAGCACCAAUUAUUGGCAGUAAUAAUACAAAAGAAUAUCUAUGGCCGAUAUUUCUGCGGAUGACAAAAGAAAUGUCACAUUGCAGCGUGAGACAGGCUCUUGUUCGGACAUUGGGAAUGUUUUGCCGUAUUCUAGGAUCAGAAUGGACAGGUUAUCGACUAUGGCCCAUCUAUAUGAAAUUGUCCAAAGAUAAUACCUGGCGUGUUCGUCAGCAAUGUGCUAGAAUCCUGCCAAUUGUUAGUUUAUUCUCAUCACCGCUGGAGCGUGAUCGGCGUAUUGCACCGUUGAUUAAGAGUUUCCUUAGGGAUGAAAGUCGCUAUGUAUUUCUCGUAGCGAGUGAUAUGUUGGGAAUUUAUUUGGCUACAUUUGCCAAACCACGAAUUCUCACAGUUUUUGUCAAUUCAAAGAUGGAAUUAUCACUGCCCAAUCCAGCUGAUGAGGAUUUCAAGGAGUGUCUGCAGAAGGAGUCUGAACGGGAAAAAUUUGCCAGUUAUGAAGAAAUGUUUACAGAAACACUCAAUAGACAUUCAUAUAAGGCACCCGGUGCUGAUUCCACUCGUUAUGAUAGAUUCCAUGAAAUUGUCUAUCCACUGGAUGUGGGUGGACGUAUUCUAGAAAAAUACUUCAGGUUGUCAAAUUUACCGGUGAAACUUCAUCUGGCGGGUAGCGAUGAGGCGCAUAGAAGACGUGAACUUGAGGAUUUCUUCAAUAAAAUUAGCUUCGAUACCUGGAUCAAUGACUUUAGGAAUAUCAUAAGUGAUAAAGUGCAUUUUGAACAGGGCAAUAUCUCUGAAUUCUUCCCAUAUCAACCACCUAUAAAUUCAUACAACAAUGAGGAUAAUCUCAUGGAGAUGGGUUCAUGUGAGAGGAGCUAUGAGAAGGUUCUUCCUAUACCAUUACCUGCCCCACCGCCUCCGGUUAAGAGUCUUUCGGCGAAGGUGCUGGAAGAGGAGGAUGAUGAUGACAGUGAUGAAGAAUCGAGUCCUGAGAUGGAAGAACUUCUGCGUGAUUUGCAGGAGGAGGCACCUGAAUUGUGGCAAAAGUUGGCAGAUGCGCAUUCAGAGAGGAAGCAAGCUAGAAAGGCUGCAGCUGCAGCAGCAGCUGCGCUAAAAGCUGAAACUCCUGAAGGUAAUCCCGAAGAGAAUUUGCCAGCAGAACCAUCGGCAGAAGUUGAUGAAGCUGAAAAACCAAAAGUUCCUGAAAUUCCUUCGACAGAUUCAGCACCCGUUGCCAGUAUAGCUCCGAUCGUUUCAACUCCACUGCAACAGCAACAACCUUCUCAGUCUUCCACUUCGACGUCCAAAAAUGGCAAGACGGUAGCGGCUAGAGGACCAAAUACACAAUGUCACCUCAAACGGAUCUUUCUCAAACGGAACACUCCACAUGAUUUGCGUGACAUUAUAAGUCAAGCAAUUGAAGAUAGCACAAAGAGGAAGACGAAAUACAAAGUUUCAACACCAAACAAAUUCUUUCAGAAUAAGGAUAAAAGUCAACUUCCACUACCACCCCAAACAGCAUCCAUUGAGGAUGCAUGUAAAGAACCAAACUACUUUCCAACGCCGUCCACAAGUGAAAAAAGGGCAACUUUUGCUGAAAUUGUCUCCCGGGGUGUUGAGAUGGAUGACAAGGCGGAUAAGAAUGAAAACAUUCUGUCAGAUUUCAAUGACAAUCCCAGUGAGAGUUGUGUUGUAUUGGAUUCCAAUGAGGAAUCUGUGGUGUUCCGAAAGAAUACUUCCGAAAGGGAAGAAUAUUCUGUAAGGAAGACACUUCUAGUGCGUUCCAAUGCCCUCUGUCUGACAACAUCGUCAGAUUCCAAUGAGAAUUGGUGCUGUGAUCCCAAAUGGGAGAAAAAUGGCAAUUGUAAGACCCAAGAUGAAGAGGAUGAUGAUGAUGAAGCUAAGGAAUUCAAUUCGCACAAUUUUUGGUAUAUUGCACCAGAAAGUGUGACAAUUGAUGACAUUUCGGGGUGUAGUGAGAAGUCUGAGUCAUCAGAUAUUCCCACAACGUCCCCUGUCCUCGAUGACACUUCAAUGGCAUCAUUGCCAAUGCACAAUUUAUGCGAAAGUCCCGAUGAUUCGGGCUACAGAGAUAUGGACUUUGAGAAGACACGAUCUCAAAUGACUGAUGGCAAUAUUGAUCCAGCUUUGCUCAAACAAGAUGUCCUGCCACCCGAAUUACUCCAGAGUUUCAUCACAAAGGCCAAUUCCGAUGAGACUGAAGUGUCAAUUGCCUGUGCCUAUUCAUUUCCGGCUGUGGCCCUUACAUUGGGCAGACAAAACUGGCACCUGCUGCAUCAUACAUUGCAGAAAUUAUGCGCCAAUCAGAAAGUUUGUUAUGUCGUGAUCAAUUCUUUCUAUCACAUUGCCCUGAUUAUUGGCCGAGAAAAUGCUACAAAUCACCUCCUUCCACUCUAUUUGGGUUUCUUUGACUGUGUCACGCGUAUACGUCGUGAGGCACUCAAGAUUGUCCACAAUUUCCUGUCCACAGUGGAUGAGACACGACAUGUGGAUGUGAUUGCCAAGUUGCCCAUCUGCCUGGCGGACUUCCACAAGGCCAAUGAGACCAAGUACCAUGUUCGCGAGAAUUUUAUGAAUGUGGUAUUGUCACUUAUGCACAUGUACGAUCGCAAUGAUGCCCCCGAGGACUGUGUCAAUUACCUCACGGCAUAUGCUCUGGCAAUGCUGGUGGACAAGGUGCAUCGAGUGAGAGAAUUAGCCCUCGAGGCGCUCGUCGUGAGGGUGAGAACCUGCCGUGAGCGGGACUUUGCCAAUCUGCUGCAGGCUGUGACAGAGGAAUGUGGUGAAAGUGGCCACUGGAGAAAUAGACAGACUUUUGUUCGCCUUGUACACCGAUGGGUUGAAGAAGACUUUAUCGAUAUGAGAGUUUUUGUCCGAGACAUCCUUCCUCGGCUUCUGGUCUUGUCCACAGAUAGAGUUCCCAAUGUUCGAUUGGUUGUUGGUCGUUGCCUCUUUAAGACUGUUGUCAAUCAUCCGCACUUCUCGAAGGUUUCGAUGGAAGAGGAGAGGUCACGUAUUCAGGCGGUCAUUGAACGCCUAGAAAGUGACACAGAUAUGGAUGUCAGAGAGUCCUGCGGGGGAAUUGUGAGGAGAUUCACUUCGAGUGAGAGUGAUCAGUAUUGCGAUGAUACGAAGGAGUAUGAAGAUCCUGAAGAUGAAAGUGGAAGGUCGCAGGGGACAGCAACACAGUUCACGAAGGAGGAGGAAUCGAGGGAAGUAGCAUCUGAGGGUUUAAGUUCGGGGUAUUUGAAGUUGAUGGCGAAGAAUCAGGAAGGGCAGACAGAGGAAGAAGUUGGGGCACAGGAAAAGUUUCAGGAGGAAGAUUUGAGUCAGCAAGAGGAAUAUUGGUAAAUCUCCCAAAAAAAGAAAAAGAAUAGAGAAACGAUUUCGGAUUUCGGAAUGAAAGGGAGGGACUGAAGGGGAAUCUUCUUUUUGAAGCAUUAUAAACUUUCUCUGACACGUAAUGUGUUCGUUUUCUUGUUUUCUCAAGUCACAUACGGAAGAUCUUUUUCUUGAUCAUUUCACGAAACACACUAUCUAUUAUUCAUCUUUUUCAUAGUAUAAUUUUUUUUAGGAAAAAAAAAACAAUUAUAAAAAAAAAUUAUUGUAAAUUUUGUGAAAUAGAAAACAAGAGCACUUUUAUGAGAGAGUGAGAGAUUGGAAAGAAUUAUUUUCUAAUUAGUGAAUUAUGCAUACUCAUUACCAAUAUUUUUGUCUUUAGUUGUUUUAUUGGUUUAUUAAAGAAAUGAUAAAAGAAAAAAAAAUUAGGAAGUGAGAAGUAGAAUCAAAUUAAAAACAAAAAAAAAAGAAAAAAACAUUUUUUCGUUGAAGAGAAACGUGAUUGACUAUUUUUUAUGCAGAAAAAGUGCAGAGAGAUUGUGUAGAAAUAAAGGAUGCGAGUAGAUGACAAAGCGGGUUAAUAAAAAAAAUGCAAUAAUCAAAAAAAAAAGUGAAGAAAAACAAAUCAACAGAGGAGAAAAUGAUGGGUGAAAAGCGUCUGUUUUCUUUUUUGCAUUGUACAAAAAUGAGACUGAGCCAAGAAUUUUCUUAAAACUGUAUACAACAACAACAAAUUGAUGACGAUUUAGCAGAAGGAAGCAGCGUAUGAAGCUUCGUUAUUAGCCAAUUUUGUCCUGUUUGUCAGUAUGAAACAAAAACAUUAAAUAUUUGUCAUUUUAUACGAAAAA